AUGGAGAGCAUCCCUGCUGAACUUGUAAAGAACGAAACCCAGAGUUUAGUGAACUUGGUGAAAAAUGAAGCUCAAUAUAUAUGUUGCUUCAAUAGUUAUGUUCAAGAGUAUGAGCAGGCAAAGGGAAGAUUGAAAGCAAAACUCGAAGAUGUAAGCAGAAAAAUUAAUCAAGCUAGAGGUGUUUCUCUUGUCACAUCUGUAGCACUACAAUGGACACAUGAAGCUGAAGAACUCAUUAAUGUUGACACUAAGAAAGAGAAAUGCUUUAAUGAUUUGUGUCUUAACUGCUGGCCUCAAUAUCGGAAAGGUAGAGACUUGGCGAAGAGGACUCUGGAUAUUGACAGACUUCUAAAGAGAUGUAACUUUGAUAUAGUGGCAGGUCCAACUGAUCUUCCAGGUAUAAAAUACCAUUGCUUACCAAAUUUCACGCAUUUUGAGAGCAGAAAGUCAAUAUUUAAAGAACUUCAAAAGGCACUAGAAGAUGAAGAAAAUAAUAUGAUUGGACUCGAAGGCUUAGGGGGAACAGGCAAAACUUCAAUGGCAACAGAAGUAGGUGCUGAAUUGGAAGGAUCCACAUUCGGCAAAGUCAUCUUUCUUGUUGUCUCUAAGCUUCCAGAUUUCAAACAUCUUCAAGGUGAAAUUGCUGGACGUUUGGAUUUGAAAUCAGAGGAUGGAGAGUACCACGAAAAAAUAUUGACCAAACUCAAAGCGUUAAAAGAGAAACUUCUUAUAGUACUAGAUGAUGUGUGGAUGGAGUUUGAUCUCAGGAAAGAGUUGGGGAUUCCUCCUCCCCACUUGCAUAAGGGUUGCACUAUAUUGAUAACCACCCGAAGCAAAGAGAUUUGUAAAAAAAUGGAUUGUCAAAGGAUCAUUCAUCUUCAAGCAUUGACUGAUAAGGAAGCAUUGCAACUUUUCCUCGAGCAUGCUAAUAGCUCCUCUACUUUGGAGAAUCUGGCGCAAAAAAUUGUGAAGCAUUGCCAUGGAGUACCAGUUGUAAUUAUAGCUGUAGCAAGAUCACUAAAAGAUCGACCUUUUAAAGUUUGGACGGAAGCCUUGAGGAACUUGCAAAGUGGUGAGUCAAUAUUCAAUGUUCGUGAUGAAGAUUUGAAGAAGGUCUAUGAAGGUUUAAAGUUAAGCUAUGAUAAUUUGAGAAAUGAAAAAUCCAAAAAGCUCCUAUUGAUAUCUUCUCUAUUCCCCGAAGAUUUUAAUAUCCCCAUGGAGUUUUUAAUUAGAAUUGGUGUAGGAAUGGGCCCUUUUGGUAAGGAAGUUGAUGACUACAACAAAAGAAGAAGAAAAUCACUUGAUGCUGUAGUGGAACUCCUAGGUUCUUCUUUAUUGUUGAAUGCUGAGAGGGAAUGUGUAAAGAUGCAUGAUUUAGUUCAUGAAGUAGCCUUAUUGAUAGGACAAGAAGACAUUCAAUCCAUCAUUAAAUCUGAACUAUCUGUAAAAAAAGGGUUGCAAUGUUUAUAUUGGAAAAAUGAUGAUUUUUUGAGACCUUUUGAUAGUCAAAACCUUGAGGUAUUAUUUCUAGUUCGAGAAGAUCGAAAGGAUUUGGAAGUCCCUGAUGCAUUCUUUAUAGAGAUGACAAAGCUCAAAGUUUUGUUUUUACAAAAUAAAGCUUGGCCUCAAAUUUCAGCUCCAUCACUGUUUCCAUUAAUUCAGUUAUUACAAGAUAUCCGAACUCUCAAGAUAAAGAAUUUUAAUUUAGAUAGCAACAUCUCUAUGUUGGGAGGGUUAUCAAAUCUUGAGACACUUUGGUUGGAUGAUUGUUCAAUCAUUAAACCUGAAAAAAAAUUUAAGCUACAGAAGUUGAGAUUCUUAAGGAUAGAAAAUUGUUACAGUAAUAUGAAUAAUCCUUUUGAAUUGAUUGAAGCAUGCCCAAAGCUAGAGGAGCUGGCUUUUUUGAGUAAUGAUUAUGUCAAGCAGGAAGAAGAUACAAUUUCUCAAAAAAUAUCUCUUCCUUCCUUACAAAUAUAUCAAAUAUCUUCUAAGGGCAACUUUUUGGAUUAUUUUAAGCAAUGUGGUUCCCUGUCAAGAUGCUUUCAGCCAGGUAGUUUAACGCAUUUAAUCUCUGAGGCAACAUUUAGGCAACUUGCAAGAACAGCUGAGCUUCUUAGCUUAAGUGGGUAUGGAAAACAGAAAAAUCUUAUCCCUGACAUUGUUCCAAUAGAUGACACAGGUAUGACUGACUUGAUCAUUCUUCAAUUGGAUUCUUGGCCUGACAUGCAAUGUCUCAUUGAUGCUGUGAACAAUUGCUUUGACGUGAAGAAUGCCUUUUCCAAUUUAGUUGGACUAUAUCUUUCUAAAAUAGGACUAAGCAAUAUAUUAUUUAAUGGCCACUAUAACCUGUGUCAUUUGAAGACCUUGAAACUGAAGGAGUGUCCAAAGCUGACGUCAAUUUUCCUCCCAUCCACUGCUCAAAGCCUUUUGCAGUUGGAAGAGUUGAACAUUAAGAGAUGUGAUGCAUUGGAAUGCAUUGUAGAAGAUCAGAGUUCAAGAGGGGAAAUAGCUGGUGGUGAUGGUGACAAUGAUCAAAAGAGCUACGGCACUCUGUUUCCAAAGUUUAAAAUUCUUGAAAUUGAUAGUUGUGACAAUUUAGAAAUAAUAUUGCCAAUCCUUCACGGUGGAUGGCAUCUGGAAAGGAUAAUCAUACAGCAGUGCAAGAAGUUGAAAUAUAUAUUUGAUAAGUUCCAAGAGGUCAAUGUUAUGCUCCCCUUUGUGGAAAGAAUGCAACUUGUUAGUCUGUCAAGUCUGGUUGGUGUUUUCAGGCAGUAUGAAAAAUCCACCUCUUCGUCACCACAACAACUAGCACCCACACCUCCAAGCACCAAGAUACGUUCUUUUUCAUGGGGUCAAGUAUGUUGUUUUAAAUCAAAGGCGACAAGUAAAGAGGCUAAUGUUGCUAUUUCUAUAGGGAGAUUGCUUGACAAAGGAAUCUCACAGGGAUUACUUGCAUCUAGGAAAUGGAUUGAUAAUGCUCCUACACUUGGGAGGCAACUAGCACUCCAUGUUGUUGGUCAUAUCAGGAAGAUGGAACUUGCAUAUCUCUCUUCAAAUUCACUAUCAACUUUGUUCACUUUAUCCAUGGCAUCAGUGAUAUCAUGGGAAGAGAUGACAAUCAAGGAUUAUGAUGGGCUAAAGCACUUGGUAACGAGCGAGGAGGAUGAUUAUAAAGAUCAAAUCAACUGUAGUUCCAUUUUCCCAAAGUUACAGAAACUUUAUAUCUCACGGUGUAGGGACUUGGAAAUUUUAUUUCUGUCUGCAAUAUCUAUAGAAAUUAAGAAUUUAAAGUCCUUGACUAUUGAAGGUGCUCCUCAGCUGACAUAUGUCAUUGAGAAAUACCAGCAUCAGCAUCGUUUAUCUGAUCAAAAUCAGAAUGACGAGUGGCACUUUGAUCUCCCUGCUUUGGAGGUCCUCUGUUUAGAGAAAGUACCUAAGUUCAUCGACAUUGGUCCCAUGAAUUAUAAAAUAGUGUCACCAUCUCUACCACACGUUUGUUCAGACAAAGCACAACUGAAUUUGAAUACCACAAAGGAAUUAGAUCCAUCCGCAUGUGGAGUUUUUCCUUCCCACGCAGCUCAAAGCCUUUUGGUGCAAUCAUUGAAGAAUGUAAGGAAAAUAGAACUCACAGAAUGUGAGAACUUAAUAUCACUGUCAAAUCUAUCUGUUACGGCCUCAACAAUUUCAUUGAAAAAUUUGAGAAUACGGAAAUGUCAUAAACUGAAGUGCAUCACAACACACGAGGGAGAUGCUCAAGUUGAUAAUAAGAAUUAUUGUUCCAUUUUUCCAACACUAGAGAAUCUGGAAAUUUGGAAUUGCGAGGAGUUGGAAUUUGUAUUUCAAUCAUCAAUAUCUGGUGGUCUUCAAAAAUUGAAGUCUUUGACAAUUAGGAAAGUUCCUGAACUAAAAUAUAUUGUUGGGAAGUACCAGCAAGAUCAGCAAAAUGAAGAGCUGCAUUUCAACCUCCCUUUGGAGACCCUCUUCAUUGAAGAUGCACCAAAGAUCAAAAGCAUUUGCGCUAAGAAUUAUAAGAUGGAUUUGGCAUCUUUUCAGAAUGUUCUGAUGUGGAAUUGCGGCAUUAAAUCUUUCGAUGAUUCUGACAUGGUGAAUCUAACAACUACAGAGGAAUUAGAUGCAUCCCCAGAAGGAGUUCCUCCUUUCCUUGCAGCUCAUAGCCUUUUGGUGCAAUCAUUGAAGAAUUUAAGGGAAAUAAAACUAAAGGAAUGUGGGAACUUAAUAUCACUGUCAACUCUCUCCAUUGCGGCCUCAACAAUUUCGUUGGAAAGUUUGAGAAUCUGGGCAUGUCAUAAACUGAAGUGCAUCACAACACAAGCUGACAAUAAGCAUUAUUGUUCCAUUUUCCCAACACUAGAGAAACUGGAAAUCAAGGAUUGCAAGGAUUUGGAAUUUGUAUUUCAAUCAUCAAUAUCUGGUGGUCUUCAAAAAUUGAAGUCUUUGAGUAUCAUGAAAGUUCCUGAACUAAAAUAUGUUGUUGGGAACUACCAGCAAGAUCAGCAAAAUGAAGAGCUGCAUUUCGAGCUCCCUGCUCUGGAGACCCUCUCCAUCAGAGGUGCGCCGAAGAUCAAAAGCAUUUGCGCCAAGAAUUAUAACAUUGAUCUGUCAUCUCUUCAGAAUGUUGUGAUGUGGAAUUGCGGCAUUAAAUCUUUCGAUGAUUCUGACAUGGUGAAUCUGACAACUACAGAGGAAUUAAAUUCAUCUACAGGCAGAGUUCCUCCUUUCCAUGCAUCUCAAAUCUUGUUGGCGCAAUCAUUGAAGAAUGCUAGAAAAGUAGACCUAUGGGCAUGUUGCAACUUAAUAUCUUUGUCAACUCUAUCCCUUGCCUCUACAAUUUUGUUGGAAGAUUUGACAAUAACGUACUGUCAGAAACUGAAGUGCGUUGUAGAAGAUGAGGCAGAUGCUGGAACUCACAUGAACUACAAUUAUUCCAUCUUUCCAAAGUUGAAACGGUUACAAGUUUUAUGCUGCAACGCAUUGGAAUAUUUAUUCCCAGCACAUGCUUUCAGAUGCCCUGCAUGUUUGGUGAGAAGCCUACCAAUGUCGCAGAAGCUCAGUAUAUCAAAAUGGGAAGAAUUAGUUAACAUUGUUGAAGAAGAUUAUGAAAAAAAUGAUGAUCAUCAUCAUUUGUGCCGUGAACCAUGCUUUCCCAACUUAGAACAAGUCUCUGUCAAUGAUUGUGACAAACUGAGGCACCUGUUCUCUAUCCCUAUUUCUGGUAUCCUGCCAAAACUAAGAUCUCUGGGGAUACGUGGAGCCAAUGGACUUGAGCAUGUACUGUCUCUGCUAUGGGAUUGA